AUGGCCACUCUCGAAAACGGCCAUGCAAAUGGCCUCGAUGACCUGACUUUGAACUCCGAGACGUUGCCUUUCUCUAUUCGUUUCUCUGACAUCCCUUCAGCCAUUGAUAUUCCCGCAUCGACAUUCGAUAGCGAAGUCGAAGUCAGCCUCGAAGAACUACCCGAUGACCCAACGGAGCUUUGCACUCUUUUAGAGAACGAAAAAGCUGCCAAAAAUUUCUGGGUCAUUAUAGCGUUAGCUUAUGCGAAGCAAAAUCAGCUCGACCAUGCGAUAGAAAUUCUCCAGAAGGGCUUGGCGUCUGUAGCACAUGGAGCAACAAAGGAAAAACUGGGGCUUCUUAACUGGGUAUGUUGGCUGUUGAUGCUUAAGAGCCGUCAAGCACCUCGAGUUGCUCCUGAAGGAACUGGGUCAGAAGUGAAAACCAAGGAUCACUACCUUCAGCUAGCAACGUCGACUUUGAACGAAGCGUCUCGUUUGAACCCAGCUUUCCCGCCACUUUUCCUUGCCCGCGGUGUCUUGUCUCUUUUACGUGCAUCGCUACAUCCUCCGAAACCUGCCAGGCCGGGUAUUCCAGAUAAUUCAGAGAGGGUCGAAGCGUUACGACAAGCUUUGAAAUGCUUCGAAGAGUCGUCCAAAGCCUCGGGAGGAAGGAACGUGAUGGCUCACUUAGGGCUAGCUAGAGCGCAAUACUCUCUGGGAAAAUAUGCCGAUGCGCUGAUGACGUAUCAACAUGUCCUUAUGAAAAUGCCUGGUCUCACUGACCCUGAUCCACGAAUUGGUGUCGGAUGUUGUUUAUGGCAAUUGGGUUUCAAGGAUCGAGCAAAGGAUGCAUGGGAGCGAGCGCUGUCUCUUAAUCCAAAGUCGAAGGUGGCAAAUAUUCUCUUAGCAUCUUAUUACCUUUAUAACAGCUCUCAGUAUCCAACAAGUGACCCACGAUUCGGCGAACUAUAUAAAACCUCCAUGGUUCACACACAGAAUGCUCUCAAGGUGGACAAAGAUUACCCUAUGACGUGCGCGAAAUUCGCCGCUUACAAAUUGAUCCGUAAAGAUUACAGAACCGUGGAGGCUUUGGCUCGCAAAGCCAUCGAGCAAACUGAUGUCAUGUCUAUUGCUAGUGAUGGCUGGUACCUCUUGGGGCGAAAAGCUCACUAUGAGGGUGAUAUGUCCAAGGCAUCCGAGUUCUUUAACAGAUCAGACCAAGCUCGUGGUGGUGGUGAUAGCGGUUACUUGCCAGGGAAAUUCGGAGUCGUCCAAAUGCAAAUCAAGUCUAACGAUCUUGAUGGCGCGAAAUUUCGACUGGAAAAAAUCAUUCAGCAGACGAAAAGUUUGGAAUGCAUGUCUCUACUUGGUGCUUUGUUGGCCGAGGAUGUUUUCUCUGCUCAAGCCAGCGGCAGCAAAGACGACAAGUCUGCUGAUGCAACAAAAGCCAUUAGUCUCUUUGAGUCUGUCCGAAGCCUCUGGAAAGAUUCUACGAAGAACAUUUCGCCCGAUGAGUCCGUGUUGAUAUAUCUUUCGCGACUUUACGAAACCAUCGCCCCAGAGAAAAGCAUGCAGUGCCUUGUUCAGUUGGAAGAAAUGCAAAUGGAACAAAUUCCUGACCAGGACAAACCACAAAACGUCGAAAAAGAAGCUUUGAAAGCCGCUCUUCUCGAAUACCUGCCCCCUCAACUCCUAAACAACAUUGGUUGUUUUCUUUAUCAAUCAGACAAGGUUUCGCAAGCUAAGGAUUUUUUCCAAUCUGCAUUGAACGCUUCCACGAGAUCUGAAGAAAGUGAAGGCGAAGCAACCGCAGAUGCACUUGUUAAUACAACUAUUAGCUAUAACCUUGCCCGAGCUUUAGAAGCGCUAGAUAUGUCAGAUGAGGCGAAGAAGACCUAUGAGGGCCUCCUUGAACGGCAUAGUGACUAUGCUGAGGCUAAUGCAAGAAUGACAUAUCUUGCCCUCCGCCAAAGUCCAACAGAUGAGGGUCCAAAACAAAUGGCCAAGUUGUACGAGAGUGAUUCCGCUAAUCUUGAAGUUCGGGCACUUUUUGGUUGGUAUCUCAGCAAAUCCAAAAAACGAGUUGCGAAUUUGGCUGAGGAUAAUGAACAACGGCAUUACAAGCACACAUUGCAGCACUUUGACAAGCAUGAUAAAUAUGCUUUGACGGGCAUGGGCAAUAUUCACCUUCUCACUGCCCGUGACAUGCGAAGAGAGACAGACCAGGACAAGGAAAAGAGACGUAAGAUGUAUGAACGUGCUGUUGAAUUUUUUGACAAAGCCCUCCAGCUGGAUUCCAAGAAUGCCUAUGCAGCUCAAGGAAUUGCCAUUGCACUUGUGGAUGACCGCAAAGACUACGCUGCUGCUGUACAGAUUUUCUCCAAGGUUCGAGAUACUGUCAAGGAAGCAAGUGUUUACCUUAAUCUCGGACAUGCUUAUGCGGAACUGAAACAAUUCACACGCUCGAUUGAGAGCUAUGAAAUGGCUCUCUCAAAGGAUCGAGGGCGUGAUACACAGGUCUUAGCAUGUCUCGGACGUGUUUGGUGGUUGAAAGGAAAGCAAGAAAAGAGCCUAGUAGCAAUGAAAAAUGCUCUUGAAUACGCCAAUCGAGCUCUUGCUGUGGCACCAGAGCAGGUGCAUUUGGAGUUCAAUGUUGCAUUCGUCCAGAACCAGAUUGCACUAUUGGUAAACAAUCUUCCAGAGACACAGAGAACAGUGCAAGAGCUACAAGAAGCUGCCGAAGGACUUGAAAAGGCCAUCGAAACCUUUGGGCGCCUAGCACAAGUGAGGAAUCCCCCAUACCCUCCAGGAUCCUUGGAGCAGCGAGCAAACAUGGGCAAAAAUACUAUUAGCAAGCAGCUCGAGCGUUCUAUUCAGAACCAAAAAGAGUUUGAAGAAAAGAAUGCGCUUAAAUUGCAACAAGCCCGUGCAGCCCGUGACGCGGAGUUGAAGCGUCGCGAAGAAGAAGUCCGCAAAGCUCAAGAGCUUGAGCUUGAGAGGAAACGUCAACUUGCAGAACAACGUCAGCGAAUGGUCGAGGAGACACAGCGAUUGGCAAUACAGAGAGCGGAGGAACAACGAGCUCGGGAUGCUGCUGAAUUUACCACGGAUUCGGAAACCGGAGAGAAACAGAAGCGCAAAAAGAAGGUGUCUAAGCGCAAGAAGAAGGAUGAUGACGAUAUUGUUUCAGAUGGACGAAGUGUGAGUGUGGCGCGGUCUGAUGGCGAGGAGGCAUCACCAGCUCCGAAGAAGCGAAGACGAUUGGAGCGUCGGGGAGGUGCGAAAGAGAAGCCGGGCAAAUACAAGAGCAGUGAACUCGUGGUUGACUCAGAUUCGGAUGAUGACGCUACUCCCCCAGUCGAAAAUGGCGGUACUGACUCUGCAGCUGAUGACCUGUUCAAUGACGACGAGAAAGAGCAAGAACCAGUCGCUACCUCUGGCGCAAAGGAACGGGGUCGUGUGCGAGGCAGUAAGCGUGUUGUUGAUGACAGUGAUGAUGAGGACGAAGAAUCUGCUGCCGUGGCGGCGGCUGUCAACAACGAUGAGGAAGAUGAGGAGAUGGGGGACGUUGAGGAUGAAUAA